AGCGAUCGUUGUGGCCCCUGUGGGCGUGGCCCGUGGCCGUCCACUAUGGCUCAUUUUAAUUGUGUACCUCAAACGAUUUUGGGUGGCGUCAUCUAGCGUUAUCACGAUCGUGAACUCCGAGCACACAUCGUCCCUUUGGAUUCGGUGAAAGUGAAAGUGAACCGGGGUCGUGUAACGUAACAUGACUCGUGUUUGAAAUCAUUUCAGUCGUGUGAGUCGUGUUUGUUCGAGGUGACUAACGAACUGUAACGAACUACACUGUUCUACUUCGGCCCCUGCCGUUUCGAUAUCGACAAUUGCUAGUUUAUACGAGGUGGUGUAAAUUCUAAUUAACGCUCUCUUUUGUUGAUCGAGCAGGUGGUAGUCGCACAGUUAGAAGUCAGAAGCACGCUAAAAAUAUGGCGUACAAACCUAAUCCAACGACCAACGAGGAAUUCACGUUGUAUGUCACCGACAUACCCUUCGAACUGAACGAGGAUGGAUUGUUAGAGAUUUUUGACCAUUAUGGGAUCGUAAAGGGGCAUUUCUUUCGCCCUAGAUGGGCCUACGUCACUUACGGUUCAUACGUUGAGGCAGAAAGUGCUAUUAGAGAUUUAAACAAUAAAGUACCGUUGCGCUUAAAAGUAUCGUUUGAGAAACGAACGAACGGUGAACUGGGAUACAACGAAACGUCUACUCCUGUAUCCAAGCGUGAAGAACACGAAACUUCUAACAGAAAAAACGUUGUGACCCCAAACAAGUCUAUGACACCAACAAUGGAAAGAACGAAACCUGUAGACGUGAGACCCCAUCCAGGAGUAUUGAAGCAAGUAGCGGAGAAUGGUCCUGGAUUGUUGAAUGGUAUAUGCUCGAAUGCAGAUCCGUAUGAGAGCACAAACGCAUUGUGGACAAGAGGACAGUUGACUGUUACUCCGGAUGGGAAGAGACACGUUUCCCUUGGCCGCGGUUAUAUGCUGUACGAGAUUCCCGAUUCGAAUCCAGAGAUUGACCAUCACAUCAACAGAGUAUACGAGAAACGUGUUUUCGGUUUAUACGAAUACGGCAGAGAUGAAAUGCAAGGCAGAGUAGGAAAUUGCAAAGUAUGCGCAAAAUUAACCAAAUUCUUCUGCGAAAGAUGCCAUACUUUCUAUUGUAGUAAGAUUUGUCAGCAAACUGAUUGGCCCGAACAUAAGGAUAAUUGUCUACAGUUACCAGCUUUAGUAACAAGUGUGCAGCAGUUCGUGCCUGUAGAAGCAGAGUCGUCUAAACAAGAACACUCGUCCGGCAGGAAAAUUUCGGACAGUCACGCACCUCUGCGGCAACCAAAAAAAUUGAUCGACGCGUUGAAACGCUCAAAUGGAUGUUCUGGCGAAAGUGGCUCGAAAGAUCCAGAAGGUAAAUCCGAUAUUGCGGCCGUCGGUAAUAAUUUACGCGCGAAACUCGCGAGAGAGCAAAGUAUGCGAAUUAAAAAUGAGAUUGAGAAUACGACGAUACCCGAGCAAACUCCUUCGGCCAAACAACCAUUCGACGAGGGUAAGGAUGCUGCUAAGGACGAUGGCCCGAAACAGUCGAGUAGGUGUGAAAAGAAGUGGGAAAAGAUGGAAGAAGACAUAUCCUUUGCGAGAGGACCGUUUCUUCCGAAUGCAAAAUCAGAAACUCCCACCAGCAUUGUCGGCGGCGGCGGUGAGUCGGUCAAUAAAUUAAAAAGCGUAGUGAACACUGUAGCUGUCGGAGAAAUAGGCGUCUUGGAGAUACAUUCUAAAAUAAAUAAUGGCACCUACGGCAUUACGUUUCUGCCGAACAACGCGAUUGGGGAUUAUGCACGAUUAUUGGACGACUUGCCCCGGAAAUGUGCAGAAGCGGCACAGAAUUCGAGAAAUCACAAACCGACCGUUGGAGAUUUAAUGUGCGGCCUGAGAAGUGGCACCGAAAACGAUUGGCUCAGAGGGUAUGCCCUAUCCUCUUCGGAAAUGGCUGUGCUGGAGGAAGCUACAGUCGUGUCGGUCGACAAAACUGUGGCCUGUCCCAGUGAAUAUUCCGAUAUUCGUGUGUUCGGCGCAUCAUGUGAAGUGAUUACUGACGCGAAACAUGAAUUUAAGGAGAAUAACCAAAUAGAAUUUAAAGUCACUGCCCGAACGGGGGAGGAGGAACAAGGUGCAGUCGAAAUCGAACUUUGUUACGAACAGCAGAAUACGAUAAAGGCCACUGUCAAGCCGUGGAUAGCACCAACAGCAUCAUCAUCACAACCACCACCACCACCACCACCACCAUCAUCAUCAUCAUCAUCAUCAUCACCACCGUCGACCGACAGAAAUGCCGUGAAGAAAGAUUUGCAAAAAAACACACUGGAGUUCGCAAAACUAAAGAGUGGGGAUGAAGUGGUCAUCAGUACUUACCGGAGCCCGGUGCAUUAUUUCGUUCGUUCUCUGGACAGCGAAGAGAUAGAAUAUUUCCAUCACGUUAUGCGAAAUGUGGGAAUAUGUGCUCAGAAGUCGUCGAGCUUGACUGAAUUGCCCACUAUCGGGCAAAUGGUCCUAGCCCGGUUCAUCGAUGACAAUUUCUAUCGUGCGAUAGUUACGAAGAUAGAGGAGGACAAGAAGAUAACGAUAUCCUACAUCGACUUUGGGAACUCCGAAGUCACCGAUAUAAAAAGAUUAAAGACCAUAUCCGACGAUUUGAAACUGUUGCGAUCUUGUUCGUCGAAAAUUAUACUGAAAGACGUUCCGACCGACGUCCCUCUCACAAAGGAGGCGGACGAGUAUUUGAACAUUUUGGCAACGACCGAUGUCCGUUUGGUUUGCAAGUUCGACGGUGUACCUUCGAAAGACGGGGUAUAUCUAAUACAAUCUAACGGAGAGACCGUUAAUAAGAGGAUGAUCGAAUUGCUAACCCCGGCGUCCAAGAAGGUUGAAGACGAAAAAAUAUGUUACAUGUCGAACGAAUUGAGUGCGGUGCCAUUGGGAAAUGUCGGCGAUACCGUUCAAGUCUUGACACUGUACACUAUUAACGAGUGCUAUCAGUAUGCAAUGUGCCCCUUCGAUCGUGACCUGAUGGUUCACGUUUACGACGUUAUGCCAAAAAUGAUGGCUGAAUAUUGCGAAGCGAAGGAAUCUUAUAUUCCACGGGACAAGGAGCUGUGUCUCGCCGCAUACUUGAACGGAUGGUACCGUGCAGUGUGUACAGUUCGGAACUAUACCGCCACAUCGAGCUCCGUGUUUUUCAUCGAUUUCGGAAACACCGAGGUCGUGUCCCAUGAAAAUAUACGGCUCAUGCCUAAAGAUUUUAUCGCGCCUAACGCGAUGGCGAACAUUUGCAACAUCGUCAACGUGGCGCCGACUGUCCGAGGACGAUAUCCUCGUGAAAUAGAGGAGAAGAUCGGCAAACUUAUUGUCCCUGACAGUACUGUAAGAAUAAAGAUCGUCCGGUUCGACAGUGAAAGUGGACAAUUCGACGUGGAGUUACCGUCCGUAUAAAACAGCGAGCGAGGGACACCGGGCGG